AUGUCUGUGUCAAGCCCCUUGGAUGUGGAGAACAGCCCCUGGAUGCUGCCAGGGCCCCCAGUCACAGAGGAGGAGGACACAGAACCCAGGGAGAAGGUCUGUGCUGUGUGUGGGGACCGUGCCACCGGGUACCACUUCCACGUCAUGACCUGCGAGGGCUGCAAGGGCUUCUUCAGGCGCUCCAUCAACAAGGGUGUCCACUUCACCUGCCCUUUCACCCGCAGCUGCCCCAUCACCAAGGCCAAGCGGCGGCAGUGCCAGGCCUGUCGCCUCCAGAAGUGCCUCGAUGUGGGCAUGAGGAAGGACAUGAUCCUGUCGGAGGAGGCCCUGCGGCAGCGGCGGGCGCUGCGGGGGCAGCGGCGGUUGCCCGACUGCCCAGGCGAGGACGUGCUGCCCGGCGUCUUCUCCAUGCUGCCCCACUUUGCUGACCUCAGCACCUUCAUGAUCCAGCAAGUCAUCAACUUUGCCAAGGAGAUCCCUGCUUUCAGGAGCCUGCCCAUAGAUGACCAGAUCUCACUGCUGAAAGGGGCCACCCUAGAGAUCUGCCAGGUCCAGUUCAACACCGUCUUCAAUGCGGAGACCAACGCCUGGGAGUGCGGGCAGCACUGCUACACCAUCCAGGAUGGAGCGCUGGCUGGUUUCCAGCAGAUCUACCUGGAGCCACUGCUCAAGUUCCACAUCAGCCUGAAGAAGCUGCAGCUGCACGAAGCCGAGUACGUCCUGCUCCAGGCCAUGCUUCUCUUCUCGCCAGACCACGCCAGCAUCACCCAGCAUGAAUUCAUCGACCAGUUCCAGGAGAAGGUGGCCCUGACCCUCAAGAGCUACAUUGACCACCAGCAUGCCAUGCCUGAGGGCCGGUUCCUCUAUGCCAAGCUGCUGCUGCUGCUGACAGAGCUGCAGACACUGAAGGUGGAGAACACGCGGCAAAUCCUCCACAUCCAGGACCUCUCCUCAAUGACGCCGCUGCUCUCUGAAAUCAUCAGCUAG